GAUAGUGGGGCCAACCAGAUCAAGUCAAGCAGCUUCAUACUUCUGUGGUAAGUAUGAAAAAAAAAAAACAUACUAGUCAUUCCACCUUCACAAUUCAAGAUCGUUUGUCUAUUCAGCCGCACCUAAAUCCACGACAACUACCAAAUAAGAGGGCCCAUCUUAAGCAAAGCAACGUCGCCCCUAAUCAAUCAACCCGUUUCUCUCGUCCACGAGCAUAGUAACCGUCAUCAUGUUACUUUUCUGCCCCCAUUGCGCAAAUAUCCUCACCGUCUCCCUCACAAAUACACGAACCAACCGACUCGAAUGCCGAACUUGCCCUUUCGAACAUCACAUCACCGAGCCUGUCUUUUCGCGACGGGUGUAUGAGCGUGUCGAGAAGGAGGAUGUCUUCGGCGGUCCGGGCGCCUGGGACAAUGCGCAAAAGGGUCGUGUUCAGUGCCCUAACGAGGGAUGCGAGGGAGAUGAGGCAGCAUUCUUCCAGGUUCAGAUUCGCAGUGCUGAUGAGCCCAUGACGAGUUUUUACAAGUGCAUGACCUGUGGUCACCGGUGGAGAGAAAACUGAGUUUGGGGAAGGAUUGCUUUGGAUUUCUUAGCUAAGUGGAUUUCUUUGUGCAAGGAGAAACGGAGUUGGGCCAUCAUGCUUUUCUUUUAGAGGUGUUUAAGAAUCUGUUCCACCGGGCGUCGCACUGUUCUUGAUGACGGAAUGCUUCUUUUUCUUGCGGGUGGUUUUUUGCUUUCGCGGGGUGUCAGGCAUACUUUCGUUCACAGCGUCAUCCUGAUUCCUCUUGUUGUUACUCGGGCCUUUCGUAUCGUCCUGCGAAGGGCUGUUCAGCUUGGCAGUGACCUUCUAGCUCUCUCGGUGCCAAUCGACUGAUGCCUUCAUGCCCUCCUCCAUGAGUGCCCUCACAACAUCAGGACUGAUGAUCUGUUGCCGGAACGUCUCCUGCUGGAGGAGCUCCAGAUGUCGUAGUGUCGGGCCGGGGUACGUUAGGUACUUGAGAUACGGCGGUUUGCUCCAGUAUUGUAGGUAGGCAAGAUAUGCGACAAAGGCAGGUUGGCUGAGAAGUUUCUGAGAGGCAAGAUGGUUGAGGUAGGCCGGGUUUGCGAGGGACUGAACAAACUGCGCGCGAUAUCUGUUAGCUAUGGACUCAUAGCGCUACUAAAUGAGAAUACAAACAGACCUCAAGCUCAACCUCGAAUCGUGAAUAGCCACCGUAUCUGGGCUCUUGGUCUACUUCAGCAGGCGGUUCGGGAGGCGAUCCCAUUGGGCAGUCUUGAGAAUCUUCUGUCACCAUAUUCCAGGGAAUGUAUCGAGAGGGACUAAUUCCGAACAGUUAAAUAUAGAGAUCGGGGUUGAGGGUAGUGAUAUGUUGGAGGAUGUUGAUGUUGAUGCUGUGUUUGGAGGAGUGCAACUGGGGUAGGGGUCGCACGCAGAGUUGAAAGGCCCACAUCUUCCAUUUGACGGCUGAGGAGAAAAGAAAAAGUCAAGAAUACCUUAGGUCUCUAGAGAGCUUGUUUAUAAUACUCGACUCUAAUUCCUCCCAGUUUAUGUACAAACUUCAAUCUUACACUAAGC